UUCAAAAGAGAGUGUGUGAUCUUCCAGAAACCAGUCUACUGCUUUGUUCAUCUGAGCAUCCAGGAGUUUCUGGCUGCAGUCUACAUGUUCCACUGCUUCACCAACAGGAAGACAGAGGUGCUGGAAGGUUUUCUAGGGAACUUCCUAAAAGAAUACAAAAACAGGCACUCAAACAUAUCUUUUUUAAAGAACAUAUUCAAGUCUUAUAGUUUCCCUUCACUGGAUGUCUUCCUGAAGAGAGUUGUGGUGAAAUCCCUACAGAGUAAAAACGGCCACCUGGACCUGUUUGUUCGCUUCCUUCAUGGCCUCUCUCUGGAGUCCAACCAGAGAUUCUUAGGAGGUCUGCUGGGUCAGACAGAGAUCAAUCCAGAAACCAUCCAGAGAGUCAUCAACAACCUGAAGAAGAUGAACAGUGAUGAAAUCUCUCCUGACAGAAGCAUCAGCAUCUUCCACUGUCUGAUGGAGAUGAACGACCUCUCAGUACAUCAGGAGAUCCAAGAGUUCCUGAAGUCAGAGAACAGAUCAGAGAAGAAACUCUCCGAGAUCCACUGCUCAGCUCUGGCCUUCAUGCUGCAGAUGUCAGAGGAGGUUCUGGAUGAGUUGGACCUGCAGAAGUACAACACAUCAGAGGGAGGACGACAGAGACUGAUUCCAGCUGUGAGGAACUGCAGAAAGGCUCGACUGGCUCGGUGUGGACUCUCAGAGACUCACUGUGAAGUUGUGGCCUCAGCUCUGAAGUCCAACCCUCCCAUCUGACAGAGCUGGACAUGAGUAGAAACAAGCUGCAUUAUUCAGGAGUGAAGCUUCUGUGUGUUGGACUGAGAGUCCAAACUGU